AUGGUGGUACCAAAUCUUGGACCCUCGAUCGAAGUUCGUGGCGAAAUGGAACCGCACGUUCCUCUACGUGUGCAUCGUGGCGUUGUUCCUGGACCCUCUCUACUUCUAUUUCCCCAUCACGGGGACAAGGCCUGCAUGCAAACCGACAUCGUCCUCGGAGUCUUCGUCACGUUCUCGCGCACCGUCGCCGACCUUUUCUUCCUUUUCCACAUGGUGCUCAAGUUUCGCACCGCCUAUAUCUCCCCCACCUCUCGCGUUUAUGGCCGCAAAGAACUCGUCACCGACCCUCGCGAUAUAGCCUCGCGCUACCUCAAGUCCGAUUUCAUUAUCGAUCUCCUCGCCACCCUUCCUCCGCCUCGGGUAAUUACUCCUUUUCCCCUCUUCAUCGUUCACUCUGCUAUUUAG